UGCUUGUCAGUGUGUGUGUGGCUGUCGUGGUGUGCGGGCGCGCCACAGCAGGGCCAGACAGGUGAUCACAGGUGUAGCUCGCGCGUGGCACCAUACAAGGACAAUACAAGAGAACCAGUGACACGAUUACAGGAGAGAUAACGAGCAAGGAUACGAUUCAACACCCCGACAAGGACGACCGAAACCAGUGAAUAUACCUGGAACGGAUUAAGCUGAGGACAUGUGGGAUAAAGGGGAGAACAAACAUCAAACAGGAUCAAAACUACGUGGAGGGAGCUAAACACACCCACACCCACACACACACACACACACACACACACACACACUCACCUGUCAGACCAGCCCCAGGUGUGUUCGAGUCCCCGUCUGCAGUGAUGAGGAGUAAGCACACGAGAGCUAACCAUGCGGAUGCUGCGGACGCUAAAGAGGACACUAGCGGUGUUGGCGUUCGUCUGCAUGACCUUGAAGAUACAGCUGGAACUUCGACUGGUGAGAGAGGGAAGAAACAUCGGAGGAUACUCGCCCUGGUGGGGAAACGAGACCCUGGGGCACCUCCGCGCCUUCCCUAAGCUUGCCAGGAGACCAAACAUUACCCUGAGUGUCUUACGAGCUACAACGAGUGAUGGGAUGGUGAACGUACUGCCGGGUUAUGAGAAUUUGACUCGUGCGCAUGAACAAGAGGGAAAAUCAGACCCAAAGACCUCCAAUAGGAAGAUACUGAGUGAUGUGACGAAUAAGACGAAUCCUGCAGCGGGGAAAACUUCAGGGGCAGGGGCAGGAACGGGGGCGGGGACAGUCUUCAGGAACUCCGGCCUUAUCGAACACACUGUCACGGCCGCAGAGUCUCCUAGCAACCACAAAACACGGGCGGGAAUAUUUGCUAAGCUCAGAAUAUACGAUGGAGAGAACACCAUCGAUACGGAGGCUAUUUAUUCCUCGCAGAGAAGGGAGGUUGUCGGGGGGGAGGGGACGAAUGCAUCAGAUGACAACACAUCGAUUGCUCAAAGUGAUGGGAAGAAAGAGACAACGCGGAGAGAGAAGCCGCCGAACGUGAUAAUCCCGAAACAUAAGAAUGGUACUAGUGUUCCGAGGAGGGCGUUGGUGCCCAUGCCGAAGAUUGGACAGAGACCACCGCAGCCACUAGCACGUAAGGUCAAGUCAUCGGCUUUAUUAAGAGGAGUCUCCCAUGACGUCGACAAGCACGAGGUGUCCUUGACGAAAGAGGAAAUCGCGCAGAUCAAGGAGGAACUGACGCAAGAGAAUGAGCUGCAGACGGUGUAUAAUCAAGAACGCUUUGGUCCGGUUCUGAGGAAUACGACGAUUCUCCUUGUACAGGUGCACAAAAGGCUUGAGAAUCUUCGGUACCUGGUGGCGAGUCUGCGGGCCGUGCAGGGCAUCAAGGAGGCGAUGGUCGUCUUCAGUCACGACUUCUGGGACUCCGACAUCAACGCCUUCGUCCGAAACAUCACCGACUUCAGGGUGAUGCAGAUGUUCUUCCCGUUCUCCAUCCAGCUGUACCCGCUCCUCUUCCCCGGCCGCGACCCCACCGACUGCUCUUGGAACACGAAGGCGGAAGGGAAGGACAAGGCGUGUCUGAAUGCCAACUGGCCGGACAGCUACGGACACUACCGCGAGGCCUCCUUCACGCAGAUCAAACAUCACUGGUGGUGGAAGAUACAUCGGGUGUUCGAGGGCCUGCGGGUGACCCAGAACAACUACACCGGCCACGUGGUAUUCCUGGAGGAGGACCACUACGUCUCCCCCGACCUGCUGCACGUGUUCGGCCUCAUGCAGCGCAUCCGCCCCGCCCUCUGCCCCUCCUGCAAAGUCUUCGCCCUCGGGAACUACAACAAGAUGAACCCGAACGUUUACAAGAACUACGUGGAGCGCGGCGACUGGUGGGUGACGAAGUACAACCUAGGUUUCGCCAUGGACGCGGCAGUGUGGAGGCACCUCGCGCUCUGCAAAGUUAAGUUCUGCAACUUCGACGACUACAACUGGGACUGGACGCUCAACAACAUGGCCCAAACCUGUUUCUCCCACCGCGUCUCCAUGCUGGCCAUCAGGCUGAGCCGCGUCCUGCACGUGGGCACCUGCGGCACCCACGUACGGAAGAAAGUCUGCGAUGUCAGAGGGGAGGUUCGCACUGCCGUGACGCGCCUCUCCUCCAGCAAGGAGUGGCUCUUCCCCAGUGCUGUGGUGAUGCAGGGCUCGUGGAAGAACUCAGGGAAACCCAAGAAGGGGAACGGGGGAUGGGGGGACCACAGGGACAGGGAGUUGUGCCUCGCCAUCGGGAACAACACAGCCAACGGGUCGACCCUUGCGCGGCUGCAGUCCCUCACCUCCCUCUAGCGCCCCCCCCCCCCUCCGCCCCCUCUCUUGUAACUUAUCAACACGUUCCUUCACCUCGUGUUCUGUCACUCAUUCGCACAUUUUGCUUUCCUUCUUCUAAUGAGGUGUUUCUGUUCUGUGCUUUGUUAUAUUUAUAUAUAUUUUUUUCACUGCAGAAUCUCUCCCUACUUAAGAAUAUUCAUAUCAGGUUGUGUACGUAUGUCUAUAAUUCCUGUUUGUGAUAUUAUUUUGUUUGUGAACGUAUAUCCAUAAGCAUGAAAUAUAUAGUGUGUGUAUUGGUCUGUACGUAAUGCAUGAUAUAUUUAACUGUGCGUCUGUAUGUGUGUGUGUGUGUGUGUGUGUGUGUGUGUGUGUGUGUGUGUGUCGUCAACGAUUAUUAGUACAACUAGAGUGAUCCAUGGCCAGAUCAUCCCAACGUCACUACCCACGAAUAGAUGAACCGUAUUUUUAUCAGACUAUGAAGCCACCACCAUGCACCGUGCCAAGUCGUCACGUGAACCAAAUAUAUUUUACUUGCCAUC